GCACAUACUUGAAGCAAAAGUGUGGAGGCUCAAAAUCAGAACUUGAAGACAAUGCUGCCACUGUCUUUAGGGAAAUUUCACAUUUCUGAAGAUUAUGGCUUUCUUCUUCCAAAUCCUCUGAUAUAUCCAUCCUCCCUAGUUCACAAGGAAGAAAUGUCAAUAAGCCAACAUGCUAUAUUUGGGAUUAAAUAUGCUCACUGAGCUGAGGAAAAACAAUAUUUAAAAAAAGAACUUCCAGAUCAUUAUUGGCCUUGGAUGGAAAUUGCUAACAAUCUUCCUCACUUGAUUGAGAAUCACCAGCUUCGAGUUCAAGUGAACAAGAUGCCCCUCCUAAACUGCGAGUUCCUAAAGGGCUACCAGGAACAGCGCCUGGCCCAUCUGAUCCUGAGCUUUAUUACAAUGGGGUAUGUCUGGCAGGAAGGAGAGACACAGGCCACACAGGUCCUGCCAAGAAAUCUUGCCCUUCCCUUUGUUGAAGUCUCCAGGAACUUGGGGCUCCCUCCUAUCCUGGUACACGCGGAUUUGGUGCUGACAAACUGGACUAAGAGAAAUCCAGAAGGACCUCUGGAAAUCAGGAACCUGGACAUCAUUUUCUCACUUCCUGGGGGAGAAAGCCUGCGUGGUUUUAUACUGGUGACUGUUUUGGUGGAGAAAUCAGCAGUAUCUGGGAUUAAGGCACUUGUUCAGGCUGUGAAUGCCAUCCUACAGCCCAGCCAGGAUGCCCUGCUCCCAGCUCUGCAGCAGCUGAGACUCUCCAUUCGGGACAUGGCCGGAGACUUGGCCCAAAUGCAUGAUUAUGUAGAUCCAGACAUAUUUUAUGCAGUCAUCCGGAUCUUUCUUUCUGGAUGGGAAGAUAACCCAGCAAUGCCUGUGGGGUUGAUAUAUGAAGGAGUCUCCAAAGAACCCCUGAAAUAUUCUGGUGGGAGUGCAGCUCAGAGCACAGUGCUUCAUGCCUUUGAUGCGUUCUUAGGCAUUCAGCAUGGCAAGCAAAGUGCCGACUUUCUGCACAGAAUGAGGGGCUACAUGCCUCCUUCCCACAAGGCCUUCAUCGAAGAAAUCUGCUCAGCUCCUUCGCUGAAGGAGUAUGUUCUGUCCUCUGGUAACUGCCAACUCCUCACAGCCUACAACCAGUGUGUGGAGGCCCUGGCGGAGCUACGCAGCUAUCACAUCACUGUGGUGACCAAAUACGUCAUCACGGCUGCAGCCAAAGCAAAGAGCAGGGGGUCAGACCAUCUGCCAGGGCCACCUCAGGCUUUAGAAGACAGGGGCACAGGUGGGACUGCAGUUCUGAGCUUCCUGAAAAGUGUCAGGAAUAAGACUUUAGAGGCAAUCCUCUAUCAAGGUGUUAAUUAAGAGAGUGCCUUUCUCCAACAUUUCAGAACACAGGUUACCCCUCACCCUCUACCCCAGUGGACUGCAGGCAAGGCUAGAGAAUGAAGGUCAGGGUUCUGCUUGGAAUAACCCAGAAAGGACCUCAGUUCUCCACAGAACACCAUAUUCUCCUUUGUUCAGAGCUGUUAGUCUUCACAGAGGAGAAUUUACUUUGCCAGACACUUUCCAUCUUUGUGUGAUCACUGCUGGUUAACAAAUAGUUUUGGAGACUUCCUCAUUCAGAACCCUAUAAGGAGCAAGUGUAUCCCAUUCUGUUUGCAAAAUAAUAGAAACCCAAUCUAAAUUUCAAAAGUCAAAUAGAAUCGCCUGCAGACAGACCACCCUGUUGAUUUCUUUAAAAAAUGAAUUAAAUAUUCAUUCACUUAACAAUUUAUUAAAUUCCGAUUGAGUACUGGUUUGGGGAAUAGAACAGAGAUUUUAUUGCCUCAGUCCAGCCCCCUUCUCUCUGUGUGUGUUGAAUUUGGUGGCAAAAGAUUGGAAAUGUUGGACUGGAAACAUGGAGAGAAGUAGAGGAUGUCUCCAUUAUGAAAAUGAAUAGUUAAUGACAUGGGAAAGGAUGGGAUUUUCCACAGGGUGCCUAAAUUUACAAAUUCUAUUUUGACUUCAUCCUUUGUUUUUAGAAGAAUCAUUGUCUUUCAUAACACUGAAAGUUUGUAUUUAUAAAAUGAAUUAAUUGACCUUUUUCAUGGAAAUGAGCAAAAUAACCUAGUGCAGUGGGAAUAUUUGUAAAUCUGCAUGCUUAGUAUGCCAGUGUUACUGUUUUUAUUGACUUAGUUACUAUCUCAAUGUCUCAUUCCACUUGACAGUGAAAACUGGAAAGUUUAAUCUUGCCAAUGUAAGGAAAACUCCAUUAAUUUAGAAUUUCCACUUGCUGUGCACCUGGGAUAGUAUCUACAUUCCAGAGGGAUUACCUAGUAUCAUGGCAUCAGGGAGCGGCACCUAACUGGUGAGCAGCCUCUGCCCGUGCUGCUGUGUGCUGUGAAGUCCCUAUCACCAUACAGGUACUGGUCAAAUGAACCUCGCUGCAUCUUUCGUCCUGUUCAAAAGAGCUUUCAGGUGUUUCAGCCCCUCAAGGUCCUAUCAUAACACUUGUAAAAACAUCUGACUACCUCCCACAUCCCCUGGGAGCGUUAGGAGCCCACACAACUGGUUCUGAGCCAUCUGCCUGCAUCCACAGCAAUGAACUCUACUCUCCAGUGCCAUAUUGUGGGAAAGGGAAUUCUGGGCUAUUGUCAACUCUCAGUGACAAUGGUAAGAAGUCAUGAACCAGUAUCCUCUACAUGGGGUUCUGCUCCUACUGCCCACAUCGCCAAGGUCUUGGCAUGGCAGGGAUGGGGAGGGGGCAUGAGGGGGCCAAGAGCUUCUUCUCAGGCAUACUCACUGAUUUUCUUCUCUGUGUCUAUUGCUGCUCCUCCUCCUUGAGCCCAAAGAGAGAGACUCUUUUCUUGGUUUUGGUUAGCCAAGGUAAAACAUUGAGGCUGACAGUUUCCUCUCUGCCAAUUGUUUUAGGUCAAGACCCAGGCUCUCGUAACUCCAAAAACCUUUUGGCUCCACAGACAAAAAAAAAAGUCUUUUGUCUGUGCUGUCCUUGUCUUGAGUUUGAGAAGUCCAUUUUGAAACUCAAAAAUGAGCAUGUAUAUAUUUAUUUCCCUUGGAUUUGCUUUUCUAACUGCCCUUUCUUGGAGUCAAUAAACUCAGACGGUCUUAACUGCCUUAUCUCUAUGCCUUGGUCCAUGGAAGUGGACUGAGCAGGGGAAUAGAACAGAACCACAUUGGUUAAUAAUUGAAAAUAGCCCUCUCUCUAUCACUCUCUCGGGUGAAAAGAUUGUGAAUUUUAGAAAAAGACCUCUCUUUGAAUUCUGGCUGCCGUUUCUUUUUAACAAUGUGGCUUUUGACCAAUUACUUAACAUCACUAAUCUUCAGCUCACAAUUUCUUGUAAAAUGGGAAGAAUUGGAUUUGUCUCAUGGUGGAUAUGGGUGACAGAAGGGAUAGUACUUGGCAUGGAGGGAAAGUGCAAGAAAAGUUUAUUUGGUUGUGAAGUGAGGCUCAGAGGAUGGCACGGACACAGUACACAAGUGAACACCGUGUUCCUUGAGAUUGUUGGGUUCACAGAUUCUGCAUAAGCAACAAAAUUAACCAUUUAGCAUCUGUGAUUUGAGAAUGCUAACAGGUAGAAAGUGAGAAAAGUGUGGGCUUAAAGAGCAAAAAUUGCUGGUUUGGAAUUCCAGUUUGGCUCUUAUUGUAUAAUGACAGAGAAGUUUUUUAAUCUUUCAGAGUCACAGUUUACUCCUUAUAAAAGAAGGAACUUCAUAAAACUAUGUGUAGGUAAUAAGUAAGUAAUUAAAUGGAGGUCAUCAUGUGAUGAUUUUGAUUUGUGUGUCCUUGAACUGGAGUGUGAACCAGGUCUAGGGGCUAGGAAUCUGGAGGAAAUGCGGAACUGGGAGUCUAUCUCCCUGCCCUUAGUGAAGAAAAUGGUUAACAUGACACCCAAACAAGAAAACCAAGUGAGACAGAACCUGAAAUUUUCUUCAAAUAAUGUAGGCACAUGUAGGGGCAAUGAUCAAGUACCUCUGAGAACUUAAGAAAGGAUGUCUUAGUCUCUUCAGGUUUUGAAUCCAGGCCUGUACCAAAAUGAGCCCUGAUUUAUCCCUCAGAGUGACAGAAAUAAAAAAGAAUCAUCCUUAUGGGUUUACUUUCAGCUGAUUCAAGUCCACUCAAAAAGACUAUAGAGCCUGACAGAACAGGUUUUCAAUAAAUGCUGAAUAUAUGAAAUAUCAUGUAGACUAAAUGGGAUUCAAAGAGAAGCUUACAAAGUUUUGUAUUUCAAAGCCUUCAGAAUAUGUUUUGCUUGUUGUCAUCGUGCCUUACACCCAAGAAUGAAGCAAAUCCAAACAAAAGUCUAUAUUUUAUUUGCUGACCAACUGAUCCUAAUUUAUGGUCAAGGUAUGCUCUCUUAUGUGAGGGCGUUUCAGUUAUGGUACAGUGCUGACAGGGAAUCUAACGGCACAGGAAAGAACACAUUUUUCUAGGAACAAAGGGUAUGCACAUUGCAUCAGGUUUCCACCAGAGAAGCAGAACCAAUAAGGUAUGUACACACACACACAAUAUUAACAGAUUUAUUGCAAAGAACUGGCUUAUGUGAUUGUGCGGGUUGGCUAGGCAAGUCAGAAAUCCACCGGGCAGGCUAUCAGGAAGGGUAGACUGGAAACUUGAGCAGAAACUGAAGUUGCUGUCCACAAGUGCAAUUUCUGCUUUCUCAGGGUAACAUACGUGUUCUUAAGGGUUUUCAACUAAUUAGAUCAGGCCCACUUAGAUUAUCAAGGACAAUCUCCUUUAACUUAGUCAACUGGUUGUACCUGUUAACCAUAUCACCAAAAUACCUUCACAGCAACACCUUGAUUGAUUUUUGAUUGAAUAACUGGGGGCUAUAGCUUAAUCAAGUUGACACAAUUAAAAACUGACCAUCACAUACAUCAGUGAAAAGAUUGUCUAGUUAUUAUCAUCACUAAUAUUAUUAUAUAGAAAUGCUCCUGAAAGUUUGAUGACAUGGCAAAAGUACAGACUUAGAAACUAGACAAACUUGGGUUUGAAUCCUCACUCUGCCAUUUACUUACAAUAUAAGCUUGCUCAAGUUACUUAACAUUUCUGGGUCAUAGUAAUCAUAUUUGUAAGUGAGGAUAGUAAUAUCUGCCUUGCAGUGUUUCCAUGAAAAGUAAAGCUAUUAUGCCUUUGUCAUAUAGCAGGCUCUGAGUAAAUGGUAAAACAAUGAUGAUGCUGUAUCUCUUUGAAAGCCCCUAGAUCUGGAUAGUAAAACAAGUCUUGGAAAAAGAAGAGUAAGGAUGUAGGGGGCUUGUGUUUUCCCACCUUGUAAUUUCUAAGGAGAAUGGAGAAGAGGGCCAAAGGGCAUGAAAGUGCUGCAGAAAGUACUGCAGAAAUCAUUUUCUGAGAAUCAUGAAUAUAUGUAAAAAGAGUUAAAAUAAACAGAAUUUAUGAUUGAGAACAAAGAGGCUGACAAGUCGGCUCAGGGUCAGACCCUCUCACUGCACACUCAGCUUUAGGAUUUGUAAAUUUUGUCUCAUAAUGGUAAGAGCCAAGAAAGAUUUUGUGGGAUUAUGCUUUAAAUUCACCCAGAUGUGAUCAAAAUCAAUAACAGUGUGUAACACAGAGUAGUUUGUAAUUGUAGAAUAAACAAACACCAGAUUGAAUGGGUAGAGGGGAGGUCUACAAAUUCUCAUCUUCAGAAAAUGGUUUUCUUCAAGAUGUUCAGCCUUACUGCCAGGGGCCAAGUGCACGUGUGAGAAAAUGCAUGUUCUCUUUCUGUUUUAGGGAGCUCACAUGGCUGGUUAUAGUACAAGGCCAAUCUUACAAAUGGAUGUAGUAGGUACCGCUUAUAUGUUCGUUUUGAAGGUUCAUCAAAUUUGUGUCCACACAUAGAUGCCUUCUGCAAUGGCCUUGUAGACAUUUGACAUUCCAUAAUCAGGGUCUCCUGGAGGACAACCUGAAUUAGGAUAAGUUACGAUGGUAUCUGCCUGGGGUAAAUGUCCCUUCACUCUCUCUGAGAGAAGUACAGUCCUCUUUAAUGAUUGAGAGAAAGUUAGAAAUGAUGAGAUCUAGCAAUUCCCAGAGGUGCCAGCAGGGGGUGCAGGAGAGGGCUGGAUAGAAGCCUCCAAAGAAAGAGAGAGAAAGAGAGAGAGAGAGAGGUGAAGAAGGCCCCCCAUCAAACCUGGCCUGGUUUACGACCAUCCAUGGUGAAAGAAGCCAUUAUUUCUCUUAAUAAAAAUACAAACCCUGAGGUUGGGAAUGUGGGACGACUCUUCACCUGGGUCGGGGUGACCUGCCCUUGAGGUCCUGAACUCUCACCUUGGCUGCCGCUCACUACUUAACCCUGCGAAUGCCAAGGACACUGAUUCCUUUUUCAUUCUGUGCCUGCGUCCAGCCAGGGUUAGUCUGAUAAACAUUCAGGGAUGAUUUUCAAAACAAACAAAAGUCGUAAAGGAAAUAACAUCUAGAUAAUGUGUCUAACAUGUAAUGCUUGCUCUGUGGUGCUCACAAACCCUAUUCUGUCCUGGCUCCGGGGCUGCCUCUGGUGGGUCAUGACUCCUCAAAUUUGGAAACAGAGACCUCUCAACUUUCAGCCUCUGAAAUUGAGAUUGUGUGGUGAGUUCCUCUUUCCUCGUUGAUAGUCUGAUAUUCGUUUUGUGAUUUCUCUAAACCAGGGUUAAACUCAAAAUUAACUGAAAAAAAAAUAAGAAAGAAAAAGAAAUUGUCAAAAUUGUUGAGAUCAAUCCCAAUUUUAAGAUCUGGAAUAUUGAACUUUCUGUAUGUACAAGUCAGUUAUUCCAUCCACAAUAAGAAUUUCUUCCACCAAAUUUAGUCUUGAAUUUUCUUGUGCACAGAUGUCUUAUUUGCUUUGUUAAUGGAAGAAAUACUUUUCUUUUUCUGUGUUCACUAAAAAGUAAACUCAAUAAAGAAGUCAGAUAUCAUUUCUGAAAUGCAGUUCCUAGUUUGUUUUUGCAGUUUAGCAUCUGCCUCCAAGUAACAUUAAAAAACUUAGUUCUUGAGUGUUUAGCGUCAUCAAAAAUAAACGGUUUUUUGCAAAGUAAUUUCCUUUGUAAACUCAUAAAUCUAUUGGACCACAUGUUUCCAUGGCAGCUGUAUAGAUUUCAAACCAAACUCUGUUACACAUUUGCCUUUGAUUUCUUAUAAGCACUAGUUUCCUCUCUAAAGGAAUGAUGGAGACAUUUUUACUUCAUCCUAUACUGAGAACCAAUGUACAGCAGGCCCUUUGUCCCCACGCUGGCCCUUCUUGGGCCACAGCCCUCCUCACAAGGCAAGUCAUGGAUCCAAAGGGACUUGCCCUUAUGAUCACCAACAUUUUAGAGAACCAACUGGUAACAGCCACAUCAGAAAAAAAUAAUCAUAAUGUUAACAUCAUAUGUGGUAGAUAAAUAUGCACAUAUAUUACUUUAUCAAAAAAAUGAAAAGUGUUUAUUUGAAAUUUUCUAUUUUUCUGUAUUAAUUUUCUGGUAUAUAAAUGCUAUUGUUUAAACAAAACAACAAGAAACUAGUUAACAGUGGCAAUUAGUAGUAAUUAAACAAAUCAUAUAUAAUUGUUCUCAUUUAAAUUCAGAAAGAGUUCAGGAAACAAGCCAAUAUUUGCAAUGUGAAAAAUCAAACUAGCACCAACCAUCCCAAUGCAAAGCACAACAGGCAAAGUGAAAGACACACUGUGAAUGCUCACACUUACAACACACUUAAGGUGCACACUUUAGUUGUAUCACUUGGGGUGAGCAACUAUGGAUGACCCAUUAACUGUGAACCAUAAAUAAUGAUUACCUUUAGCAGUGAUCGGGGGAAAAACCAGUGGCACUGAGUAUGGAAGAUGGAUAAUAAAUGCCAUAUCCAUUUAGCAUUAAAUACAAUGUUACUUUCAACCCCUAUUUUUGAAGCUGCUAUAUGGGUUUUGCACUUUUCUUCCAAACUUUUGCAUGCAUUGCCCCAAACUGGAACUUUUAGCAUCUCAAUGAAGAGCUUCCCAAGACAUGAGCCUUUCAG